UCCCACUGCCUUCAAACCAAGCCAGCAACACAGCGAUCCCAGAGAUCCCACCAGCAAGGCAGAUGAGAUGUAUUUGUAGGGAACACGAACCAGUUUAAGACCAUUAUCAAGGUGACCAAGGACAGGCUGGCUCUCACCAGUCGGCACAGACAGCUUAGCAGGGAAGGGAGACGGCGAGGGAGCUCAGCCUCAAACCCUCCGUGCUUUCUGCAAACCCGUCAUCCCUCCAGUGCCAAAACUUUGCUGGGCGGAGGCUGGCGGGGAAGGAGCGGGGCUGUGGGGAGCAUCACUCCUGCGGGAUGCUGGCGGUGGGAUGGAUGAUGUCCUCCCCGCUCCCGGCGCCAUGUGAUUCCUCCCUGCCGGCGGCUCCGCUCCCAGACAAAGGCUGAGCUCAGCGCCCGCGGGCGGCUGGACCCGGGGUACCCACGCUCCGGCUGCUCCCCACCUUCCCCUGCACCUCCCCGGGAGCACCCAGCAGACGGAUCAGAGCUCAUCUUUUGUCAUCGAAAGGAUUAACUCCCCGGGGAGCAGCGGCGGAGGCUGAGCCUACGCUCCCGCCACGCAUCGCCUGCUUCCCGGCACACUCAGGAGUUUUGGAGCCAACCUCCCGGCAGCUAAUCCCGCUCGCUGCUGGAGCCGGGGAGGCUGGGAAGAGCCGGCAGGGUGAAGGGACAGGAGGGAAGAGAACGGGAGGAGUGUCCGCACACACGGGCGUGCACCAGCACCCCGCACACGGCGUCGGGCAGCGGCACCGGAGCGGCGGCUGCGGGCGGGGAGCUCCGCAGGGAGCCCAGCCCUCAAUAAAACAAGCUGGAGCGUCAGGAGAGAGGAUCUGUUGGCUUGGAAAAGUCUUUAAGGAAUCGAUCGGGAGAUGCCGGUAAAAGAAGUUGCUGAAAGCCAAGCUGGAAUGGCCUGGAGCUGUGCGCCGCCGGCCCCGUCACACACAGGGAGCAGCUGAACUUUGUGGGGUCUGAAGAUUUUUCAUCUCUGCGAACGCUCUGGGCAGCGUCACGGCACAGCCAGGACGGCACCGCACACCUUGUGCCUGACCCAGCCCGGGACAGAGCCAAGAGGGGAUUUCUGCCUCUCCAAGGACCAUCGCCUCUGAAAAAUAAAAGCUGGAGGAGGGUAAUUUAUCUUUCUUUUCCAGAUGACUGAAAAUACCUACAGGAUCCUGUCUCUCCGGUUUUCAUCAGUGAGUAGCAUAAGGGAGAGGUGGCUGAGGAACAAAAAUGAUAUCGGUCAAAAUCAUUCCAGCACCUACUUUUUCCUAAGGAACUUCGUGCCCAUAAGGUUUUUCUGCGGGCAUUUCCAGGAGUGAGACCGAGGUACCACAGAUGCAUCCCUACAGGAUCAUGUAAGAAUUUGCAAAUGAGAAACGAACCCCAUCCAGACCUUCUCUGCCCGCUUUGCAGUACAUGGUUUGGUGUAAGCACAGCAAUUCUCACCUCUUUCUCUCCCUUUUAAGUCUCUUGAGCUUGGAGACCUCUUUCCUCAUUGCAAUUAUGAUUAUUUGCAACAUCAGUGCCAUCAAAGAUUGGAGCACUUUCCUUUCCCAAAUCCUCCCCAGCGUUAACAAGACUCUGAACUUGGUACAGCAAGUGGAAGCCACCACCAGCUCGGUGGUAAGUGUCCUCCAGGACCCCGAGCAGGACAGCUACCUGUCCAAUAGCCAGUCCAUGAACUCCAGCAACUUCACAGCUGGCCUGGACCACUUGUUCCAGUACUCAUACUCGGACAAUGACCAGCUCUACAAGGAGUACAAACCCCCUCCUCGAGAUGCCAUUCCUCUGCCCAAGGCUGUCCUCUACCUUCUCAUGGCAGCCCUGGUGGUGGUGGCAGUGGCGUACGCCAUCGUCGGCCAUCUCAUCAAGGACCUCAUUUACGACUUCGUAGACUGGAUCUUUGGCCCCAGCCCGGAUGACAACAGCAACAAGAGCGACAUCAACUGCAUCAGCAACAGCGUCAACGAGAUGAGUGAGCUGCCCGAGGCUCCGCGGCACCGGGAGCGCCAGCCCCAGGACGUGGUCAUUGCCAUCAGCGAGACUUGCCACUUGCCACAGCAGACGUGACCGGCACCACGGCCGGGCCGGGCGGCACGGAGCAGCAGGAUGGAGCAGCAGGAUGGAGGGGAGGGAUGGAGCAGAGGGAUGGAGCCCAAGGAUGGAGCAGUGAAACAGUGCAGCAGCCGCCCUGCAGGACCGGGCAGGGAGAGGAAGGGAUGGGCAGAGCCGGCACCGUGGAGCAAAGCCCUUCUCCCCCUGGUUUUACCAGCCUCUGUGGACCUUGCCGGGGUGGGUGGCAUCACCCCUUCUCCCAGGCUUGUCAGCCCUGUCCUGACAUCUGCCCUUGGGUUUGUGACCCCCUCUUUGUUCCCUGUGAAUAGCAAAAAAGAAAAAGCAAAUGCAAAAUACACCCACCAAGCAAAGCUUGCAAGAGAAAUGAGCUGGAGAGAGGCCGGGCGGUCCUUUGGCAUGGGAAUGGAGUGGGGAAAAGGGCAAAGGAGACAAGGAGGCUGCAGAGAAAUGCGGGUGUCUGCAUUUCUGGGGACAGGCCCAGGACACAGCAGGGAGCUGGGAGCUGCAGAAAGGCACAGAAAGGUCAGCAGGGGCCAAAUGCUCUGGUACAUUGGUGAUCUGCCUGGGCCAUCGCUCCUGCCUUUAGCUUCACAGCCCCAGCUCACAGCCCUUUUCAAGCAGGUGUGUCCUGUGGCUCUGGGACAGCAGGGUGACAGCCCAGACUUCUCAGGGAGCCUUACUCCUCUAUGCCUGUAGCCAAGCCAGGGCCAUCACAUUCCCUCUGCCACAUCUCUGCUCGAGCCCAGCACCCCCUGACAGGGAGCAGCCCUGUUGGGACCAGGUACAACCCCUUUUUCUGAGGAAUGUUGCUGGAGAGGAGGACAGGGACCCAUCUGCAUGGAAUCCAAACUCUUCAUGGGGGAAAAUAGCCCUUAUAUGCCUGCAUCCUUCAGACUCAUCCCAGCAUGACCACCUCCUACAUCACCCCCAAACUUCCUGCCACCCCAAGGGCUGCUGGCUCUGUACUGGGGACAGCCUCACACACAUUGAUGGAGCAGGGAGAACUCCCUCUUCUCCCUGGACGCCUUCCUCUUCCCAGCCAGAGCACCACCAACCAAAACUGCCCUUCUCUCUGCCCAAAGACAUCCUUUCCCAUUUGUAACUCCAGGCAGAUCCCUGCUCCUCCCUGUUUAAGGGAUCAGGGGAAACCAGCAAAAUGUGAGGGGCAAGCUCCCAAACUGUGUGGGAAAAGGAGCAUCCUGAUGGUUUCAUUGCUAUUUUAAGAUCAGCUCUUACCCCACUAAGGGUUUUAAACCAGGAUAGCAGACUGGAGGCACUGGGACCAAGCUCAUUCCUUGUGCCUCCCCCUUAUGAAGAUCCCUUUACUCUCCACAUCUUCCCUGAACUUAAAAGAAAAGGUUAUGCUGACGUGCCACAGAGAACAGGCUGUGGUCCAGAGUUCUGCCUCUGCAUCCAGGGAGACAAGUCCUGCCUUUUCCCAGCCUGCAGUACACCACAAACAGCAGGGGCCAGAACAGCAUUUUCCCCUUCUGAAAAUGGUUAAGGAAAAUGGAUGUGGUUUCAAACUCCUGCUCCAAUGGCUUUAAUGAGAGCCAUUACCAGCAGUCCCACGCUGGGGCUUUGUCGGCUUUUCAGCAAGCAGAGGCAGAGGACAGUACUCAGUUACCUCCCCCAAUAAUUAACCAUUUCCAAUCA